AUGUCUUUAAAAGAAUUUAUCAAAAAUAUGUCAGCAAACGACACUAAGCUUAAAAAAGUAAAUCUUAAUCAUUCAGAUUGGGAAAAAGUUGAAACUAUUUCAAAAACAUUAUUGCCUGCAAAAUUAUGUACAAAGAAAUUGCAAUAUGAACAACUUACAUUGACAGAUUUUUAUGGCGCUUGGAUAACAUGUAAACUUCAAACAGAAGCAUUAAGUUCAUUAAUAUCUAAGAAAUUGCUUCAACACAUAGUGGACAGGGAAAAAUAUAUAAUGGCAAAUAAAGUGUUAUUAGCAGCAAUUUUUUUGGACCCUCGCUAUAAAAUAACUUUAAAUGAAGACAAAUGUAAUACUGCAAUAGAACAUCUAAUCAAGGUUUGGAUUCAUUUAAAAAAUGUUGAAUUAAAAAAUAGCAUACAAGAAACAACUCCAAAUAUUGAAGACAGACAAGAAAGUUCUAACUCGUCCACAGAUUCUACUGAUGAAUUAGAAAAUUUUCUUAAAAAUAAAGAUAAAAAAAAUGAUUCAGUUUCUAUUGAUUUUGAUGUAUCAAACUCACAAACAUCUACAAUCGCAACACGAAUUGAAACACUUCUGAAAUCGUAUCACAUAGAUCAAAAAAGAUUAAACAAUAAGGUUAAUAUUCUGCAAUUUUGGAAAACCAUGGAAGCUUCAAAUCCAGAACUAUCCCAACUUGCAAAAGUAGUUUUUAGCGCUCCAGCUACUCAAGUAAGCGUUGAACGACUUUUUUCUGGAUUAAAAUUUAUAUUAUCACCAUACCGAAGUAAUAUUUCCAGCAAAAACUUGGAGAAUCAGUUAUUAGUUCGUACUAACAGGUUAUUUGAUAGUAAAAAAUAA